AGGCUCACCGGCUCGCACGAGCUGAUCCAGAGCAGAGAGACGCAUACAGGCGCGUGCCGCGUACCACACAGCAGAACCCUCCAGAACUUCAGGACACUUCAGGUGAGUCCGAGCGCGUGCCUGCACUCACCUGCGGGACUCUCUAACAAUCCGAACACCGCACGAGCUGCUGCGCUCAGCCACAGGUCCUCACGCGCUGCUCUCCUCUCCUCUCCCCGCAGGUAGACCCGAUCCUCGGACAUGGACCCCGUUUACUCCGACAUCGACAGCAACAGCUGCGACUUCUUCCCGCACACCGACGACGAGGAGUCCCGCGGCGGAUCCGCCUCCCCGGGAUCCUCCGUGUGCGCGCCGCGCUCCCCGCAGGCGGAGCAGCCGCAGAAGAAGCGGCGCCGCAGCCGCCGCAGCGACGCCACCGUGCAGGUGCUGAAGAAGAACCGGCGCAUGAAGGCCAACGACCGCGAGCGGAACCGCAUGCACAACCUGAACGACGCGCUGGACGAGCUGCGCGGAGUGCUGCCCGCUUUCCCGGACGAGACCAAACUCACCAAGAUCGAGACUCUGCGCUUUGCGCACAACUACAUCUGGGCUCUGUCAGAGACCAUCCGCAUCGCGGACCUGCAGGCGGGAAAGACCGGGGACGGCCCUCUGCUGCUCAGGUCCGAGGCCCCGAGCCCCGGCAGCUCCUGGAGCUCCAGCGGCUCCUCGUCGUCCUCCUCCCCGUCUUACUGCGCCUCCAGCCCGGGCAGCCCCUCCGCUCCGGAGGACUACAGCUACCUGCAGCAGGACGCCCUCUUCGCCUUCCGUAGCUUCGUGCCGGGCAUCUACUGAGGGCCGGGGCCCCAAAGGAGGCCCCGGGGGGACUCCCAGACCAGAGCAAUGUUGGACAGAUGAGGACUAAAUCACAGUUUGCCUUAGGAGCUGCUGUCUCUGACAGACUGAACCACUCUCUCCAUCUUUUUUUUUAGCUCGAUUUGAUUUUGUGUUUUUUUCUUGAAACCUUUGCACUUCCCCUCCACCCUCACCCUCACCCUCACCCCCACCCCCCCACCCUCCGCAGGUUACAGUCGGUCUGUGUUUUUCUGUGUCGGAGGUGAAAAGUCAAUUUUACAAUUAGCAGAGAUGUGGAGCAGAAAAGAGAGCGUGGAAAUCGAGUUUCUCCGCUGUGACAGAGACUGAAUGGAGCUGCCCUCAUCCAUUAUGUAUUCACCCCCCUCCCCUCCCAUCCUCCCCUGCACACCCCCGUUAGCUGAUUGUUGUUUUUAUUUAUUUGACUCAUUUCUUUCUCACAUGAAAGUUGUAUUUUGUACAUAAAGAGAUUUUAUUCUAUUUACUGAAGCAGUUUUCUACAAAAUAAAGUUUUAACGUUUCUAUAAA